AAGAAUAAGAAGAGAGAGAGAAAAGAAAGGAAGAGGAAGAGAGAGAAAGAGAGAGACAGAGAGAGAGGUAGAGAGAGAGAGAAAGAGAUAGAAGAGAGAGAGAGAGAGAGGAAGAGAGAGAGAGAGAAAGAGAGAGAGAGGAAGAGGAAGAGAGAGAGAGAGAGAAAGAGAGAGAGAAAAGGUCAAUGA